CUUGCGUCCAAUUAAAACCAAUUUUUGGUCAAGUUGAGCAGAACCAAAAACGAGCCUCCGAGCUUCUUGCAACAUACAAACCUGGAGAUAUUGAUAUAGUGGUCCUUCCAGAAUUAGCAUUCACCGGUUAUGUAUUCAAGGAUAAAGAUCAAGUACGCCCCUUUUUGGAGGAUGCAGAAACCGGGCCUACUGUUCGUUGGGCAAAAGAACAAGCAACACGAUUGAAUGCAUUUGUAAUGGUUGGAUAUCCUCAAAUAGUAAAAGACGGAGCUGAACGAUAUUACAACAGCAUCUGCUUUGUAAAUCCCCAAGGUGAACUGGUCACCACCUAUCAAAAACAUUUUCUUUACUCUGUCGAUGAAAACUGGGCUGAGGAAGGACCGGAAUUCCAGUCCGUUUGGGUGGACGGAUUGGGAAAGGUCGGAUUUGGCAUAUGCAUGGACCUUAAUCCCUAUAAAUUCAUGUCGCCCUGGGAAAAUUAUGAAUUCGCAAGCUUUCAUCAAGGAAAAAAGACACAAAUAAUAUUAUGUUCGAUGGCGUGGCUUGAUAGUAACGUUUUUGACGACGAUUACUCGAAUGUUCCCGAUUAUUGGUGUUCACGGCUUUUACCAUUAUACGAUCCUAUUUGGUCCCCUUCACGUAGAACAAGGAGAUACUCGUAUCAUGAAUUUGGUCAUAAUAAUUUGGUCGAAGAGGAAGAGGGCUGGAGAACUUGCAAUGGCGAUGUUCUAUUUGUUGUUUGUAAUCGUACUGGAGCUGAAAAUGGAUCUACCUUUUGUGGAAGUAGCGGUGUAUUCCUAUUAUCGCCAAACGAAAAUAAAGCUAAACUAUUGAAAGGGCUUAAAAAGCGGGAAGAAAAUGUUUUGCUGGUUGAUGUUUCAAAGUUUCUGGAUGGUAAUUCGUGA